GCCCCGCCCCGGUUCCCGUCACAUCCCGGCGCCGGCGGGGCCGCGCGCACUUCCCCUCGGGAACCGCUUGGACGCCGCGGCCGCGCAGCCCGACCCCGUCGGCAGGAUGUCAGCCACUGUUCCUGGAAGCUCAAAUGCGGCUGCUGGCAGUAAUCGUCGUCUUCAGCAGACUCAACAUCAAGUAGAUGAGGUGGUUGACAUCAUGAGAGUGAAUGUGGACAAGGUUUUGGAGCGAGACCAGAAGCUGUCGGAGUUGGAUGACCGUGCUGAUGCACUGCAAGCAGGAGCUUCCCAGUUUGAGACCAGUGCAGCCAAGCUGAAAAGGAAGUAUUGGUGGAAGAACUGUAAGAUGUGGGCAAUAUUGAUAGCUGUUGUUAUCAUUAUCAUCAUCAUCAUUAUUGUUCUGAGUGUGCCUUCAUGAGUUACAGGAAGAAACUCAGACCAACCGAAGGUGCCAAUCUCCAGCCUCUCCGCCGCAAACCUGCUGCGUUUUCAGCCUGUUUACUGCUGUUUGAAGCAAAACUAUUUUGAUUACUGAAAUGUAGCUAACUUCACCCGGUUGCCUUAAGACACUCCUGCCAUAAAUGACUAACGAGCACAGCC